AAAAUGUUUAAUAAUUCAUUCAAAUUAAUUCAACACUUUUAAAUAGACUACAGCAAUAAUAUUUUGUCACACAUUAUUUUGUUUAGUUCAGAAUCGUGAUCUCUUUGAGACAAAAAAAUUGUGAUUCUCCAUUUAUCCAGAAUCGUGCAGCUCUAACUGAAGCACUGCAACACCCGCUGAGUGCCAUUAAACAGCUUCAAAGAUCAAAGACAAUUUUUAAUAUAACUCCGACUGGAUUCAUCUGAAAGAAGAAAGUCAUAUACACUAGAGCCUGACCGAUAUAUAAUUUUGCCAAUAUUAUUGGCUGAUAUUAGCCUGCCGCCGAUAUGAAAAUGCUUGAAAUGGUGUAAUUACUUGGGUUGUCCAGCAGAGCGUGCUCCAUUGUUUGCUACUGGUGACCUGGAUGAAGUGCUUUAAAGCUCAAGUCUAUGGAAAACCAUUGAAACUUUGAACAACCAUAUCUCCAUCGAAUCCGCACCCAAUUCGAGGGAUCCCUUCAGCUCGAGGAACCCUCUCGAACGCGAAUUGAGUCUGGGGUUCAGGAGUUAACGGGUGGUUAAAUUUGCAGUCCGGCACCGACCGAUCUAGCGAUCCUGGGGGGCUACCGACAAGCGGAGGGUGGUGUUCCCAAGAUAUGACACGUUGACACCAGUCAACACUUUCACUUCAGAAAGGAGGUCCUGUUGUGUAUGCUCCAUCAUGGCUGUGGUCAUCCGAUUACAGGGACUCAGAAUCACGGCUGGUUCUGAGGACAUUCGCAAUUUCUUCACUGGGCUCAGAAUACCUGAUGGUGGGGUUCAUAUAGUUGGUGGGGAGCUUGAGGAAGCUUUCAUAAUAUUUGCAUCUGACGAAGAUGCGAGGCGAGCGAUGACGCGCUCAGGGGGCUGCAUUAAGGGCUCUCCCGUCAACUUGCUCCUGAGUAGCAAGUCAGAAAUGCAGAGUGUUCUCGAGGAAAGCACUAGAAGGCCUGAGUUAAAAAGCAGGGGCAUGUACAAGGAGGUUGUCAAAAGUCCUUCUGCGGAACGAGGUCCUCUACCAUUCAAUAAGGACCCAAGAUUAGACAUACGAAGGCCGGAUCAUCAAGAGAUGAGGAACAGGCCUUCUCUAUCUUCAUUCAGUGAGACACGACACCAGAGAGAAGGAAGCACAACAGAGAGAGAUGAGGUUUAUCUGAAAUUGACAGGGAUGCCAUUCUCUGCGACAAAGGACAAUGUCUAUAACUUUUUCAGUGGGUUACAGAUUGAAGACAUUAUGUUUUUGAGAAACCCCAGAGGACAGUUCAACGGCCAGAGUAUUGUGCGCCUUGCUACCAAACAGGAUGCAGUUGAAGGUCUGAAGAGGGAUCGAGAAUACAUUGGACCGCGGUAUAUCCAAGUAACAAGAUGCUCCGAGGAGCAGUGGCUGGCAGAAGGAGGUCUCGUUAAACCGGACAAUCGGAAAAGAGCAUCCUUAGAGCGAGCGAGAUCUCGAUCUCCCAUUUCCUACAAGUCAAGAUCACGAUCGCCCUCUCAUGAAGAAUACUGUGUCAUGUUUGAGAACUUGCCUUACAUGGUUGAAAAGAGAGAUUUGAGGGUGUUACUUCAUCCGGUUUCUUUGAAAGAUGAUCAGAUUAUUAUCUUUGCCCAAAAAAAGGAUGAUAGGACCAGAUCGGCUGUUGUGGUGUUUAGAAGUCUCACAGACUAUUGUGCUGGUUUGGCUCAUAAUAAGGAAAUGUUGAUGAACAAGGUAGUGUACGUGUCACCCAUCUCCAAGGAGAAAAUGGUCACCUUGUUGGAAUCGUCUGUUGACUCAAGGGACGAGGGAAAAGAGUCGAGACGUUCCGCAGAAGCACCCCAGUCUCAACGAAACAAUCCUGACUCGCAGUUGAGGUGUCUCUACGUGCGCAAUCUCCCAUUUGACGUUCGUAAGGUGGAGAUCAUGGACUUCUUUCAUGGAUAUCCGCUCUCAGAGGAUAGGGUUGUCUUAUUGCGGGAUGAAAGAGGUGCUGGGCUCGGUGAGGCUUUGGUGAUCUUUCAAUCUGAGAAGGAGGCCAUGACGGCACAGUCCCUAAACGGACAGCGGUUUCUUGGAUCUGAAGUCAUGCUUAAGUGCAUAACGAUUGGCCAGAUGCAGAAGUUUGGCGUCAAUGACCAGUUGAUGGAUAGCCCACAAGAAAGGAACUUCCAGAGAACCGAAGCUUUCAACGAUGGUCCUUGUUUUUCGAACACCCCGAUGCCCCGAGAUGAUUUUGAGAUGCCGCCUAAUUUGCGCCAGGGUUAUGGAGGUCAUGAUCGCUUUGAGCCUAAUUUUGGCCGCAAUGAUGCAUUUGGGCCGGGACCGGAUGGUAAUGGACGUCAGUGUUACGGAUCACCUGACCAACAACUUGACGGUCCGACUUGUCUGAAAUUGGUCAAUCUACCCUCUCAGAUAAGGAUCGAUGAGAUUUAUGACUUCUUCUAUGGAUACAGAGUGAUCCCAGGUUCUGCCUCAUUGCUGUAUGAUAGAAAUGGAGCUCCCAAACGUUCAGCAACGGUAGCUUUCGAAACCCACAGAGAGGCGCUCACUGCUCUUCAAGAAUUAAAUGGACGACCAAUUGGCACCAGAAAAAUUCAGAUUUUAUUUGUGUAGAUAUGGUUUUAGACUACAGUCUUCUUACUUUAUUUCCUUUUUUUAAAGUUGUAUGUGCUUUUUCACUGAUUAACAAGUGAAUUUUUUUUUUUGCUUUUCAUAAAUCUGCAGAUGAAACACUGCUAUAAUUUAGAUUCAUACUUUUAUAUCUUGACUGUUUGAAAAUAGUGCAUUUGUAUGCAUGCCAGUGACAGUAUCUAGACUCAGUAUUAUUUGUGCUGUUGAAUGUUUCCCCCAGAGUAAUGACUACAAGUUGAGAUUUUAUUAAAUGUCACCGAUUUAUUUAGUUUUUAAAUAAAAUCAGAUCUAAAAGAAUCUUAACAUUGUGAAAUUGUAUGUAAAUUUCUUUCUACAACCAGAUAAAUUGUCAGUUCAUGUUUAAUGCUAUUAAAGGCAUCAGCUUGUUCUUCUGA